CAAUACAAGAGUGGCCCGUCAAUAUGCAGUCUAUAAUGGCUGCUAUUCCUAUCCUCACCCCCGGCAAGCCAACCAGAUCUUCGCCACGGACCUCGCUUGGUGCAACUCCCCGAACUGGUACACCGCGGCUUAAAAAGAGCACGCCGGGAUCAGCAACGCCCCAGUCAUUUGCGAAAAAGGGGGUGAAAAAUCUGCAAAAGGAGGAUGAAUAUGACAGCGAAGUUCACAAUGCGAGUGAGAUGGUGGGAGACUCAGUGCAGCUGGAACAGGACGAGGUGGUAUCAGCAUCUACUCCUCGUGCGACUAUCCGCUCAUUGAGCGCCGCCGUCAGCAGCAAAAAGGCAGCCGAUUCAGCAAGGCCUGCAGUUCGCACUGGACGCAUAUCAGAGAUUCUGAAUCGGGCAGAUAUCGGUGUAGAAGAGCUAGAAGAACCAAGAGAGCCCGAGGAGCCAGGGGACGAGGCUAAAAUGUACGAUUUCGUCGGCUUCUCGGGAUACCGCUGGGCUGGCGACUCAAUCGAGCUACAGGUAAAAUGGAAGAAAGAUGAAGAACAUGACAGCAGUGAGGAAUGGGAAGGCGCUGAAGAUUGGGAAGAGGGCAAAAUGACUUGGGAACCCGAGAGAAGUCUGCACGAAGAUGCCCCCGAGUUUCUCAUUAAGUACUGGCGCGAACAAGGAGGACGGCCCGAGAACCCGACAAACCCGGGAAUGUAUGAGAUCUUUGCCAUUCUCAAGCACAACAAGAACCGCACCAAACUGCUCAUCGAAUGGGUCGGAUAUGAGCGCUCAGAGGCUUCGUGGGUCCUCCGAAAGGAUAUUCCAGAAACAGCAAAGGAUAUCGUGGACGCAUACUUUGCCAAUUUAAAGACCAAGAGCAAGAAGAAGUGAGGCACCAAGGACUGACAGAAGCGUUUUUGCUUUCCUUUGUAUCAAUCAUUAUACAGCAUCAGGGUAUGAAUCGUGGACAAUUCUGGCUUGAAACAGAAUAUCCGUUGCGAACUAGUUUGUACAUAUACACAAGAUGGGCGAGUAAACCGGCCUGGGAGAAUAGCAUGAAGCAUGAGAGAAAGACAGGCCUACGAGUUGUAUACAUCAAUUAUUACUAUGAAGC